AUGUCACUACCAAAGAUUGGCGAUCAAUUACCACUGGCAGAGGAGAAAGGUGCCGAGCACGAUAUCCUCGAUGCGAGCGCUGUGGAUGCUGAGAAAGAAUUCACUGAAGAUGAAAACGAGGCGCUGCUGAAGAAGAUUGAUUGGAUCCUCAUGCCUAUCAUGGCUAUAGCAUAUGGUAUACAAUACGCCGACAAGCAAUCUAUUUCCAACUCUACAUUGUUCGGUAUCGCGACUGACACGCAUCUUCAUGGUCAGCAAACCGCUUGGCUGUCUACCAUCUUUUACCUCGCCUACCUCAUCUUCGAAGGGCCCAUGAACUAUGUCAUGCAGCGAAUUCGACUCGGCCGAUUCCUCUCCGUCGCUGUCAUCGUCUGGGGUGGUCUGGUAAUGCUUCUCGCCGCGGGUCAGAACUUUGCCGGCUUGAUGUCGUUGAGAUUCUUGAUCGGAACUUUUGAAUCCUGUAUCUCACCCGGCUUCUUGAUGAUUGUCGCGUCGUGGUAUCGAUCCAACGAGAUGUCUAGUCGGUGUAUGAUAUUCCUUUCGAUGAAUGGGUUCUUUGCCAUCUUCGUCGGUAUCGUUACAUAUGGAAUCGGCACGGCCACUAAGAAUGGGGGUGGAUUCGCCGCCUGGAGAGCCAUCAAUUUGUUUCUCGGCGGUAUGACAGCGGUCUGGGGUGUCAUCAUGUUCUUCUUCAUCGGCACACCAGAGGAAGUGAGGUGGUUAACUCCCGAGCAGAAGAAACAAGCGGCGGCUCGUAUUGUAUCAAACCAAAAUUCAGGCGGUGGACAAUCAGAAUGGAAAUGGUCCCAGUCAUUUGGGUUCACUUCGCUUCAAGUUAUCCUGUUGAAUAUGCCCGGUGGUGCUGUCGGAGGUUCUUUCAAUUUGAUCACCGGUUGGCUUUCGCAACGAUAUCGUAACACCAGAACAUACUACAUGGCUUUCUCCAUGAUUGCCGGUACUGCUGGUCUCUUGGUCGCCGCUUUGCUUCCCCAGGAACACGCGUACAGAUGGAAGAAAUGGGGUGGUCUUUUGACCAUGUCUAUCUACUCCGCCGCGACAUUCAUGUCCUGGUCGAUGUUGCCCAGUAAUAUCGGUGGUCGUACCAAAAAGUCAGUGGCUAGUACAGUGUCCUUCGUCGGUUAUUGUGCUGGUAAUAUAGUUGGAUCACAGCUGUACUUGGCCAAAGACGCACCUCUCUAUCGACCUGGAUUGAUCGCCAGUGCUGUCUGCUUCGGAUUGACGUUUGUGGUCAUAGUCAUGCUUCGUCUCUACUACGUUUGGGUCAAUGCCAAGAGAGAUAGAGAAGCCAGGGAAUCUGGACUGGCUGAGGAAGAGAUGGAGAGAUUGGGUAAAAUCAAUGGUGAAAACGAUUUAACCGAUAUCCAAAACCCCUACUUCAGGUACACUUACUAA